AUGGAUAAGGAAUGGAUGAAAUUAAAAGAUCGAGGUGCUCCACAAUAUUUGAAUGGGAUAGACAACUUUCUAGAUUUUGCAUUCAACAAUUCUAGUGUCGACCAUGCGGGCAAUCAGAUUGGAACAAAAAUUCGAUGCCCAUGCUGUAGAUGUGCAAAUUUGCAUUAUAAAACCAGGAGUGAAGUUCGAUUUGAUCUGUUAAGGAAUGGAAUUUUGCAGAGCUACAUUGUAUGGGAUAAACAUGGGGAAGAUUAUAAUGAUGUGUCUUUAGAAAGUGAAGCUAAUACGGAUUGUGAUGGUGAUGUUGAUGAAGAGAUGCUUGAUAGGGGUGAUGAUGAUCACAGUGAGGAAGCUCAAGAACCUUCAGGAGAAGCUGCACGAUUUUAUCGCCUCUUACAAGACUAUAAAGAUCCAUUAGUUGUGGAUGGGUCAAAAGUCUCCAAGUUGGUUUACAUUAUGAAAUUGUUGCAUCUUAAAUGUUUGAAUCAUUGGGCUGACACCUCCUUCACUCAAUUGUUGAAAUUUCAAAAUGAGGUUCUAGGUUCUAACUUGCCUGAUUCUUAUGAUGUCUAUCGCAAAAUUAUUACUGAUUUGGGCCUUGAUUACAUUAAAAUUGAUGCGUGUCGAAAUGAUUGUAUUAUCUAUUGGCGACAACAUUCUGAUGCACAAGAGUGUCCAAAAUGUCACACUUCUAGGUGGAAGACAAAUGGGAAAAAUGUGCCUAAUAAGCUUCUACGAUAUUUUCCCAUAAAACCUAGAUUGCGAAGGUUGUUUAUGUCAACAAAGACAGCAAAAGAAAUGUGUUGGCAUAAAGAGGAAAGGAUUAAUGAUGAAAAUGUAAUGCAACAUCCAGCUGAUUCUCCUACUUGGAAGGCAUUUGAUAAGGAAUUCAAAUCUUUCGCUAACGAUCCUAGAAGUGUCAGACUUGGCUUAGCUGCAGAUGGCUUCCAACCAUUCAAUAAUUUUGGGGGGUCCUGCCAUAGCAUUUGGCCGGUUGUUCUGACUCCUUACAAUUUGCCUCCUUGGAUGUGUAUGAAGCCUCCGUAUAUUUUCUUAUCUCUGCUUAUUGAUGGUCCUAAUUCUUCAGGAAUGGAUUUGGAUGUUUAUCUUCAACCUUUGAUUGAGGAGUUAAAGGAGUUAUGGGAGGUUGGGGUCGAAACAUAUGAUGCAUAUACUAAAAUUUUUUUUGUAAUGCAUGCAAGCCUUUUAUGGACAAUAAGUGAUUUUCCUGCAUAUGCUGAUUUGUCUAGGUGGAGCACAAAAGGAUCUUUUGCUUGUCCUUCUUGUCAUAAAGAAUCUGGGUACAAAAGCAUAAAAAGUAAGACAACUUAUAUUAGGACUAGGCGCUGGUUGCUAAUGAACCAUAGGUGGAGAAAAUUAAGAAAAGCCUUUUAUGGCACUGUUGAAAAGGGGUUUGCUCCCAUUCCAUUAUCUGGUGAUGAUGUAUUGACGCAAUGUAGCCAAUUUACUCAAGUUCCUUUUGGCAAGGCUGGCUCAAAGAGAAAAUGGGAUGAGACAAAUAGCUUCUAUGGAUGGAGGAAAACGAGCAUAUUCUUUCAAUUGCCUUAUUGGAGCAAAUUGAAAUUGCGUCAUAAUUUAGAUGUGAUGCAUAUUGAGAAGAAUGUUUCAGAGAAUAUAAUAGGGACAUUGAUGAAUAUAAAGGGUAAGACUAAGGACACCUUAAAGGCCCGGUUAGAUUUGGUAAAACUAGGUAUAAGGCAAGACCUUCACCCUAUUGUCGAUGAAGAUAAAGUGCGCAUUCCUGUAGCAUGUUAUACAUUAAGAAGUGAUGCAAAAUCUGCAUUUUGUGAGAUGUUUCAAACUUUGAGAACUCCUGAUGGGUAUUUUUCAAACAUCUCUCGAUGUGUAAAAGAUAAUGGUCAAAAGGUGUCAUGUAUGAAAAGCCAUGACCAUCAUGUGUUCUUGGAGCAACUUCUUCCAAUUGCUAUUCGUGGACUCCUUCCAAAAAAUGUUUGUGAACCAUUGAUUGAAUUAAGUUCAUUUUUUCGAAACUUGUGCUCCAAAACCUUGAACAUGAAGGAGCUUGACGAACUCGAAAAGCAAAUUCCUUACACAUUAUGCAAAUUAGAGAUGAUCUUCCCACCAUCUUUCUUCACUGUUAUGGUGCACUUAGUCAUUCAUUUGGUGGCAGAAGCAAAAAUUGCAGGUCCUGUAAGGUACCGUUGGAUGUAUCCUAUAGAGAGGUACUUGCGCACAUUGAAAUCCUACGUUCGCAACAAAGCAUACCUAGAAGGUUCAAUUGCGAGAGGUUACUUGGCUGAAGAAUGUUUGACUUUCUGUUCUAGAUAUAUGGAUGGUAUGACCACAAAGUUCAAUCGCCAAUCUCGAAAUGAUGAUGGUCAUGAUGAUGUGUCUAGCACAAGAGGUGUAGACAUUUUUACACCAAAGGGUCGUCCUUUAGGAAAGCCUACUCCUUACCAUCUUGACUUAGAGGAGUAUGAACAAGUUCAUUUGUAUGCACUCCAUAAUUGCGAUGAGCUCUUAAAACUUGUCAAGGAGCAUAAGAACAAACUAGCCGUUGAAAAUCCAGCCCCUAGGAGCAUAGAGAGGAGACAUAAAGCUGAAUUUGCAGAUUGGGUUCGAAAGCGUGUGGAGCUUAUGUAUAAAGAAGGAUCUAUCCCUGAGGACAUAUAUUACUUAGUUUGUGGCCCAUUGCGUAGUGUGAGGCAUUAUAGUGGAUAUAUUGUGAAUGGAUCUAGGUUUCACACCAUUGAUAGGCAAGAAAAUCGAAAAACCCAGAUUGGUGGGCUCAUGGUUCAAGGGGAUGAUGAGUCGCAAAAAAAGUAUUAUGGUGUUCUUAAAGAUGUUUAUGAGUUGCAAUAUCCUGGUGAAAAUCAUGUUAUUGUAUUCAAGUGUGAUUGGUAUGAUGUUCAACAUCAAGGUAGAGGAUAUAAAAUUGAUGAAUAUGGAAUAACUAGUCUCUCUAAGGAGCUAUCGUUAGCCACAUAUGAGCCAUUUGUGUUAGAGUCACAAGCAGAGCAAGUGUUUUAUGUACCUGAACCAAGAGACAAAAGUUGGGUUGCUGUGAUUAAGACGGAGCCUCAAGACUUAUAUAACAUACUUGAAAGCAACAUUGAUGAGAAUGCACUAGAGGAAGUCCAUAAUGAAGCUGUACAGCAAGAAUGCAACAGGGUUUCAAAUCUUUACACAUCGCCACCAGAACAUGGAGGCUAUGGAGGGGAUAUUCGUUUGGAUAUGGUAGGACGAGGUCAAGCAAAGAUUAGAAAGAAUGUUGGAAGGGAAAAUGGAAAGACUCAAAGUGUUGCUGACAUGGAAAACAUACAAAAUGUAUUACGUGACAGUAUCAAUGUAGAUGAAAUUGGAUCUACCACCAAUAGUCCAGAUCAUCAUGAAGAUAUUGCCAUUGAUAAUCGCUUGCAACCUCUAGGUAUAAUAACCUUUCGAAUGCUUCCAUAUAAAGUCAUUGGUAUUACAUUAUUUUUCCAUUAUAUUGAUUUUUUUCCACUCAUUUCAUGUGAUCUUUAG